ACUUAUGAAUAUUUAGACAACGUGUAUCGUCUUCGAACGAGUACAAGGAUAUAUGUGAUUUGCUUGCGUAGCAAAUCACACUGCACCUACGUAAAAGCUGUGAGGUCUGGAUGUCGAAACGCAAAAGUGAUAUGGAAACAGCAGCUAUACUCAGCAAUAUCCAGUAGCUAUUCCAGCCCCCUCGAGCUACCAGCAGCAAAAAGCUGCUUUCUUUGAGAGGAUAUAUGAGGUAGGUGGUACUUGUAUCAAAGUAAAACUUGCGCACUGUGGUAGAAUUUAAUGUCAUAUUGUAUGUUUAUUCGAUAUAAUCUUCAGUAAGUAUCACUGUGGUACAUCGAAUUCAUAUAAUAUGCAAGGCUGUGGUUAUAUCUAUCAACAGUCUUUAAAUAUGACAAACGCUGUGUGGAGCACUUCGAGACGGAAAUCAGUCAGACUGCAGCAACUUCAACCUCAAUCUCUUAUGCUUCAUGAUAGGAUAACAUUAAGCCACUUACGAAGCGACAACAUACGGGUUACUCAGGUUGGAUUUAAUGGGUAAGCAGCUAGUGUCCUCAAUUAAGAUAUGUAUUUUGCAUCGAGCGGACUCGAAACGGUUUUGCCAGGUCAGUUGCAUUAUGUUUUUGCACUCACUGUUCGUAGAUGAACAGUUGAAAAUAUUUGAAAAGUUCAUGUAUUUUGCUAGCUAUGUUGAUUCUUGUAAAUGUUUGACUGAUAAGUUUUUCAACCGUAUACGGAAAGGUAGAUUGGCGUAUUCCUCUAAAUAUAAAGUGGUGUUUUCGACAGUAAGUUAUCUACAUAAGACUUGACUGCAAGAUUGUAUAAUAAUAUAACUCAACUCAGAACUUGUUUAUGUACUAGGCUAUGAGCUAUGCUUAUGUAAAAGCUUAUGAUACUACCAGUUUACCCACGCCGAAACUAACGAUUAGAUAAGUGGACAGUUAUUCAAUAAGCUUGUGAAAGCUGACUGUGAUGUUUAUGCGUUCGAUAACUAGUUAGUGACUUAAUUGCUUAAGUAUGAAUAAUAGCUAAGUAGAAUGGUGUCUCUCCAUUUACUCAAAGUUUUUAUACUUAAGGAGUUGACAUUUGUGAUCGUUUUCUGAAAUUUUGUUCCGACAACCGCUUUUACCCUACCAGCCUUAACCUGAAAUAAAUCGUUAGGCAAAGCAACCUUAAACUUCAACCAAGUAGUAGGUAGAUAAAUAAUUUUUCUAUUAGCAACUGCUAGAAAAUAUUAGUGAAAAUUUGUAGUCACUUCUGGUUUACGUGUUUAGACUGAUCGCGUGUUAGUUCAAACAUAUGUAUUUCAGAGUGCUCAAAAGGCAUAUAACUGAAGAGUCCCUCCAUUCCGGUUGAAGCAAUUGUGUUUUGAAGAGGUAAUGAGCCAGGCAGUUGUCAAAGUAAGAUUAUCUGGGAUUGCUUUUAUUAUGCUAAAAAAAAGUCGGUGAAGAAACAUGGUCUUCAGUAAUUAAGGCGUCUUGUGUGUAUCUAAGUGUUAAUCAUACAUAUUGUCUGAUAAGUAAGCAUGCCAUCUGACUCCUCGCUUCACAUUAGGUAAGAUAGUGUUUGAACCGGUUUCCUACUUGGUAUAUGAACUCUUGAACAAUAACCUUAGGCUUCGCAGUCGAGGGUCAUUACUAGAACUAUAUACCGAAAAUUAAUGUUUAUGAUAGGCUUAGCUGUCAAUAUUUAAAGCUGUUCACUUCUAGAUAUUUUCGAAAUGAAAUUCUAAAUGUUUUAAACUGUGAAUUCUCAGGUUCUGGUCACAAUUCAUCAACUACGUUUGGGUAUCCUUCAUGUGUUACUUUACGUCUUAUAUUCUGACAAUAGUGAGUGUAAUGUUAUUUUGUUCUAAAAGCAGUGCUACCAUGUGUUUUUCAGUUUCAGUAGUCUGAAUUUUAUCGUUAUGAACUGACAUGUGAUCAUUAACAGUGAGAUUUUUAGUAUUAUCCCCUGUGAUAUACAGACUUCUGUUACUUACGUGUGCCAAUACUCCGAAGUCAUGUUGAGAUUGCUGUAUAUAUAUAUAUCCAAGGUACUAUUAGAAUUAAAUGCGUGUAGGCUAGAUAAAUUAAGCAGGAAAUUAUUGUAGAAGCUGGCACAGAAGUACAUCGGUUUAAGUAAGCAUACUUCACAGCAGCAUGCAACAAAGAGGUGGGUAGAAAAAGUGAUAUGGUAGAAAAGUGUUUAUGUGAAGAGGGUGAGCACAAACCAUUCUUUAUGCUACUUAUGAUUUUAAGAAAUGUUAUUCCCUUAGUUCACAUGCUAUGUUACUAACAGUGUUUAACUCAAAUUAUCGGUCCAUGUCUAGAUCAAAUUAUCAUGCACCACUGCCCACCGAAAAUUUAAUGCAUGAUCAAAGGGAUAUACCUUUAAUUCACACCUGAAUGAUAAAGCGUAAUAGGACAUUUAUUUACAUAGUCACUAACUUAUCAGAUAACAAUUUUGAAGAUUUCUGCUAAAUUGGCAUGAUUUUCUUCAUAUGUAUAUUGGCUUUUGUGCUCGAUAAACGAUAAAACUUGUACACAACUACCGCACAGUAUUCAGUAUCAUAUGUUCGGGGUGUGGUGAUUUUCUUUGUAGCAUUAUCAUGUGAUAGCGUGAAUUUUAUUGCAACAGAAUAUUGCAGAAUUGAAGGAUAUUAUCCACAACCGUGUAUCAGGUUUGGAAAGCUGUAAACUAACGUAAUUAAUAGUUUUAAAUUCACCAGUUUUAUAAUGUCUCUUACUUUAUAUUGGAUUUGAAUUUAAUAAUGUAUUUUUUGAUUGGGUAAGUCUUGGUUAUCCCACUUUUAUUCAUUCCAGCAACAUUUUUAGCUUUCUGCUUUUUAUUACGAAAUGGCAACUUGGGAUGAAGUUCGAGAACUUGCCAAUAAGCUCAAAAAAACACAGGAUCAAUCUAAUAUCUGUAGACUUUCUGACAGAACAUGGGUUGAUGUUAUCCGACACUUGAUUUCUGUAAACAGAUUAAAAUUGGUUUUCUCAAACGAUGGACGAUCAUAUUUAACUCGAAACGAACUUGAUAAGGAGAUACGUGAUGAAGUUGAAGCACACUCUGGCAGAAUAUCUCUUACUGAGCUAGCAUCAAAUCUUGAUGUGGAUUUCGAAAUAAUUGAAUCAAGAGUUAUUGAGUUGAUAGCUCUGGAUGCACAAAGCAAAUCCCCAUGUCGUUUAAUCAGUAUACCUAGUGAAGUUGUCAACAGUUCAUAUGUACGACGUGUAGCUCAUGAGAUUUUGGAUAGACUAGAAGAACAAGGUCAGACAAGUAUUGGUGAACUAACAACUAUAUUUGGUUUACCCACGACAUUCAUAUCAAAUAUUAUGCAAGAAUAUCAAAGUACUUUAUUUCGUGUGCAUAAAUAUGGAGAAAAGUACUUUACAGAUACGUUUCUCAACGCUACAAAGGCGAAAAUUCGUGGUUAUUUCACUGGUGUUAUUCGUCCUGUUACUUUAAAUUCAGUUGCUUCAAAACUUCAAGUACCUGAGAACUUAAUGAGCAGUACCGUCUCAAGUCUAAUAAGUACUGGUCGAUUGUGUGGUAGUCUCAUUGCAGGUCGCAGUACAUUUGUUCCGCAAUGUUAUACUCAUGCUGAAGACUCAUAUAUUAACUCAUUCUACGAUCAAAAUGGAUAUGUUGAAUGGAAUUACCUAAAGCGAUUCAAAAUUAUGGAUCCGGGUUCGUAUUUAAAGACUAAAAUCUCAAAUGCUGUACAUCUCCAAGGUCUUACAGUUAAUGCCUUAAUCGUUGAUCAGUUGAAAGCGCUCAUUGCUGGCGUAGUCCAUGAUGUAUCUUGGGUAGACUUAUCCCACUACGUUCCAAGUGGGUUAGAUUCAGCUGAAAGGUUGGCGCUUAUUAAUCCAUUGUUGAAAAAUCUUCCUGUCAAGUUGAUUGAUAGCACAUAUGUAAUUUCUGAUAAAUUUAUUGAAGGGUGUAUGUCUUUUCUCGAAGCAUAUUUGAAGAAAAAAGCUCAAACUGCCUUCCAUUGUGAACGUCAUGCGCUUCUAUCAAAUCCAGUACAACAACAAUCUGUAGAAGUUAAUACAACUUUAAAACAAGGUGUGUCGUCCUCGAAAGGUGGAUUUGGUUUUGGUGCACGCGAAAUUAAAACAAAAAAUGUGAAGAAAAAGUAUAAUCCAAGUAAACGUAAAACUAGUCAUCUAUCAACAAAUAAUGACGCAGAAGAUGAUACCCUCAGUGGUUCCGGUGACCCACAAUCGUUACUUAAAGAUAUCUUUACUCGUUAUAUCCUGAUAGACGAAGUCAAAAGUAUUUUAUCAUCACAGUUGCCAAGUGAUGUACCAGAUGAAGUCAUCGAUCAGAUUGCUGACCUUAUGGAACCUUCUCUACUGCAAUCAUUCACACGUUAUAUCAAUUCUUUGUUAUCACCCAAUUCAGAUACUAGUUUCGACCGUGAACAAAAAAUCCAAACACAGGAUGUGAUCAACAGUAUGCUUCUCAGUGUACAGUUGUUGGAGAGAGGAAUUUCAUCGAUAACUUGUGCAUCUCUGAAACACCAGUUACUAAUACAUCUUCUGAAGAACCAUGGUUUACUUAUUCUUAGGCGAAUUUGUGAUUAUAUCGUCCAUGAAUUUGGAAUCGCAUGGCCCGAAUCGACAACCCCUCGUAAGGCUGAUCAUUUGAAUUCACAGUCUUCUCAUCCAGAUAACGCCGCUGGGCCGAGUACUAUUGAACCUUUGAGCAUUGAGUCAUUUCAUCGUUUGAACGAUCUGUUAAAACGCACUGGUUUGCAGGAUGCAACUCUGUUGAGUACUGCAAUACAACAGGUUCUUGAUAGUUUAAAAGUUGGUCAAGAUAGUCCCAAGUCUCUUAGUACCUUUUAUACUUCAUUGGAAAACCUAUCAGUGAACAACCUCGGUUUAACUAUUCCUGCAUUUCAUUCAUCUGACAACAAACGUGAACGAGAUGAACGACUUAAAGCAAAUGAAUUAGCUGUUCAAGUUGAAAUACAACUAAAAGAGUCUGUACGCAGUGCUAGUAGUUGUGAUGAUCUACUGAAAGCAGCAACAACUGCAACUUUAGCUGCUACCUGUUUAUUUGCUCAAAUAAUUAUUGGUUGGCCAGUGAUAGCACCUGGAAAAUGUGUGCCUGAAUUAAUUGAAUGGUUAUUUGAAGCUUUACAGCCAAAGGACGAGUCUCAAGUUACGAGUGGGAGUAAAUCGAAUUCUCAUACAGCAGCUUUGAGAAUAUUACAGUCUUCAACUGUUUUAGACGAUUUGAACAAGGUGGCUGUAUAUAUUUCAGAGAAAGUGCGUUCUGGUAAUACUUCGGAAGAUGAGUCCAAUAUUCAUACCUAUCUGAAAAAUAUGUUAGAAGUAGGCAGUCAGUGUAGAAAACAAUUGUAUCUUUGAAAUGCUAAAGGUUUUUUUUCAAUUUUUUAAUGCUCUUCUUUGAUUGUCAGUUUUUUUCUAAUUGGUGUGAUGUUUGUUUAUUGAACAUAAAUCCAUUAAGUGUUUUUUCUGCCUAAUUUCUUCUGUUAAUUUCUUGGUUGUUGAUGUUUCGUCAGCCAUUUUUAUAGCUAUUCAGUGUUUUGGCUAUGAAUUGAUUGUAUAAUCAAGUUAUGUGAUGAAUAUACAUACAAACUAUUAGUCACCUUUUCGGUUUUCAUUUCCCUAAGUGUUUUUAUAUGCUGUAGACACUAAGCAAAUACCCUUUAGUCUAGCCCUGUUGCUUACAAACUAACAGAUCGGUUGUCGUUCUUGCAUGUCAUAAUAUUAGGAAAGAGGAUACUGGAACUUACUUCAUGUGGCACUGUCUGAGCGGUUAGAGUCCUUCAAUGUUUUCUUCCCUCUAUGGUUUUCUAGAAUAUAUUUAUUUUUACAUAC